AUGGCGAAUUUUUUUUAUGACAUUGUAGCUAUUGGUCUUGACCUCCUCAUGCCAAUUAAACGGAUUAAGAAAAUCUCUGCAGAUGUUCCUUGGAUGACCGAUAAAUUGAAAACAUUUAUAAAAAAAGACAAGAAGCCUUUUUCAGUUACGGUCCAAAAUCCAACUGCUUUAAAUAUUACCGAAAUAUUGUCAAUCGCGAGAGAAAAGCGUGUAAAUCAAAAUACUAUACGACCCAGGUUCACAGUAAAGAAAAAGAUAACCCUAAAACUUGGUGGAGUGAAAUCAAACGCCUAG